AGAAGCAGUGGCAGAGCAGCUGCUGCUGCUGUAACACUAAGAAGAAAGGAAAGCUUCAGUAACUGGGCGUGGUCCCAAAAACAUCCACCACCGCCACAAUCUUUCUUCUUCGUACGGUGCUGUAAGUAUGGAAGUAACAGCAGCAGCAGUAGCAGCGUCAGUGCUAGUAAUAGUAAUGGGCCUAAUGGCUCCAAUGUCGGAAAGGGAUAUCUGCAAUCUACGGACCAAGAGCUGAUGAGCCAGUGCCAAAUGGACACUUUCAAGACGUCGGGUCCGGGGGGUCAGCACCGUAACAAGCGAGAGUCUGCCGUACGCCUCAAGCACCUCCCCACCGGUAUUACUGCGCAGGCUGCGGAGGACCGAUCCCAGCAUAUGAAUCGUGCCUCAGCCUUGGCUCGCCUUCGCACUCUUUUAGCUCUCAAAGUCAGGAACACCGUCGAUCUCGAUGCUUAUUCCCCUCCUCGAGAGCUUCUUCAAAUUCUUCCCCCAAAGUCUACCAUCAGAGGCUCAGAUUGUGGUCCCCAAAUUGGUCCCAACAAUCCUAAGUUCAUUUUGGGAAUGCAAGCUCUGCUGGAUCUCAUUUUCACAGUUGACGGUUCUGUCUCGGAGACAGCAAAGUUCCUGGGGUUGAGCACUGGUGCUCUGUCGCGGUUAAUACUCUCGAAUGAUUCUCUCCGACUAGCAGUCAAUGAACUAAGGUUUUCCAAGGGUAUGAAGCCUCUCAAGUAGAAUUUGUCUGCCUGGGAAUUACUUGUUUCAACUUUCAAGUGCUAAUGUUUGCUUUCUCUUUUCCUUUUUUGAGAUACUGGUAUAUGCAGUUUAUGCACAGACAUUGUUUCGAGGCUAAAAGGAUGAAUGCGCUCUCAGCUUGUAUUCUUCGACACAGCAAAGCUAGAAGAAAAGGCUUAGAUUCUUCGACACAGCAAAACUAGAAAAGGCUUGUUGGUUCAUUUGGUUGGACGGUUGGACCAUUGCCUCUAAUUGCCAUCGUUCAAUGUGUCUUUCAAAAGAAUAAAGUAAUCAUAGGGUUGGGCUUACCGUUGCUCUUCAAAUUAAGUUUUGGAGUUCUUAAUAUUUUCGAUGAACUUUGUGUGUUUGAGAUUGUACACUCACUUUAGACUAUGUUUGGACGAGAGAUUUUUUCAAAUCUUAAGGGAUUGAGGCCAAGUUAGUAAAGAAUGGACUACAAAAUGUUAGACGUAAGCGAUUGAAAAUGCUCUGCAGAUGCUUGUACUGGGACUUGGAAUUGUGUUUCGUUUAUCAAAGUCUAUUAGGAAUUCUCUA